CGGAGAGUUGUCGGCUGGGAAAUGGCGGCCGCGGGCUUGGUGGCUGUGGUAGCGGCUGCGGAGUACUCUGGCCCAGUGGGGUCCGGGGGAAACCUCUCCGGUGCUAACUGUGGACCGAGCCCUGGGUUGGGCCCUGGUCUUGGCCCGGGUUCUUGGAGCCGCUCGGUCGACCGAGCCCUGGAAGAGGCGGCGGUCACCGGGGUGCUGAGCUUGAGCGGCCGGAAACUGAGGGAGUUUCCCCGGGGAGCGGCCAACCACGACCUGACGGACACCACCCGGGCCGACCUGUCACGAAAUCGCCUCUCUGAAAUUCCUAUGGAAGCAUGUCACUUUGUUUCUCUGGAAAGUCUUAACCUAUACCAGAAUUGUAUUCGGUAUAUCCCAGAGGCUGUUCUAAACCUACAAGCUCUGACAUUUCUAAAUAUUAGUCGGAACCAACUGUCAACAUUGCCAGUCCACUUGUGUAACUUACCACUGAAGGUCUUAAUCGCUAGCAAUAACAAAUUGGUCUCCCUUCCUGAAGAAAUUGGACAGCUCAGACAUUUGACGGAACUUGAUGUGAGCUGCAAUGAAAUUCAAACUGUACCUUCCCAAAUUGGUAAUCUGGAAGCCUUGAGAGACUUUAAUGUCAGAAGAAAUCAUCUCCUACGCUUGCCUGAAGAGCUGGCAGAGGUGCCUUUGAUACGACUAGACUUCUCGUGCAAUAAAAUCACAGUAAUCCCUGUCUGUUACCGGAACCUCCGGCACCUCCAAGUGAUCACCUUGGACAACAACCCACUCCAGUCGCCUCCUGCACAGAUAUGCAUAAAAGGCAAAAUCCACAUAUUUAAAUACCUGAACAUACAAGCUUGUAAGAUUGCUCCAGAUCUGCCAGAUUAUGAACGGAGACCCUUGGGAUUUGGCUCCUGCCAUGAAGAACUGUACUCAGGCCGUCCUUACGGAGCCCUUGAUUCAGGCUUCAAUAGUGUGGAUAGUGGUGACAAGAGGUGGUCAGGGAAUGAGCCUACAGACGAAUUUUCGGAUCUGCCUCUUCGAGUGGCAGAGAUUACUAAAGAGCAAAGACUGCGGAGAGAAAGCCAGUACCAGGAGAAUCGCAGCAGUGUGAUCGUCACGAAUGGUGGAGUGGAGCAUGAUCUGGAUCAGAUUGACUACAUUGACAGCUGCACUACGGAAGAAGAAGAAAACGAUGUGAAACGGCCCAAAAGCCUGGACACGAGCAGUCUCAGCUCACAGUUCCUAGCGUACAUUGAACAGCGGAGAAUCUCGCAUGAGGGUUCACCAGUAAAGCCAAUAGCCAUUAGAGAGUUUCAAAAAGCAGAAGACAUGAAAAGAUACUCACAUCAAAACAGGGUUCCAGUUGAGCCAUCAUUGGUGUUAUCAGUGCCACCAAGUCACAAUCAGCUUUCACAUUCAGACUUGGAGCUUCAUCAGAGGGGAGAGCAGUCUGUUGAGCGCGCUCGGAGAGAGGCACAGCUUGCUGCCCUGCAGAAUGAGGGGGAGAAAAUUAGGACCAAGCAGAUUCAGAGAGAUGCUGUCCUAGACUUUGUCAAACACAAAGUAUCACAAAAUCCACAGAAACAGCAGCCCCCUGGAAAUGGUGAGUGUCCCUUCCCAUCCAGAAGGUCUCAGCACACUGAUGAUAGUGCCUUGUUAGUGUCCCUGUCGGGCUUGGAUGGAGUGAGCUGUGUGGCUACCCGGCCUCAUUCUUCUGCCUUCACACCUCUUAAGAGCAGUGACAGAGUUGAUGUCACCUCAGGCUUCCCUAUGACAGACACAGCCCGGCAUUCCCCUGCAUACUCUUUUCCUGCUGCUACCCAGAGAAACCAGCCCCAGCGCCCUGAAAGCUUCCUUUUCCGAGCCACUGUCAGGGCAGAAGCUAGUAAAGGUCGCGCAUCCCCACUUCUGUCCUCUGCACCUGCAACUGAUGCUGCAGACUCCAUAGCAAGACAGCGGGAAGAAGAGCUGAGAUUAAUAGAUCAACUGCGGAAACACAUUGAAUACCGGUUGAAAGUCUCUUUGCCCUGUGAUCUUGGAGCAGCACUAACUGACGGCGUUGUACUUUGCCACUUGGCCAAUCAUGUUCGUCCUCGAUCUGUCCCAAGCAUUCAUGUCCCAUCUCCAGCCGUGCCUAAAUUAACAAUGGCAAAGUGCAGGCGGAAUGUGGAGAACUUCCUGGAUGCUUGCAGAAAAAUCGGUGUACCCCAGGAGCAAUUAUGUUUGCCUCUGCACAUUUUAGAAGAGAAAGGGUUGGGCCAGGUUGCAGUGACAGUCCAGGCCCUCCUGGAACUUGCCCCACCCAAGCAGCAGCCGCAGCAGCAGCCACCACAGCUCUCUGCUGUCUGAGGUCUCCCCGGGCCCUGCAUGUUGGCACAGCAGGACAAGGAGCAGGAGGACUCGAUCGCUGGUGCUGCCUGCUCAGAGUGAGCCCUGCGUGUUCCUAGAAGCACUGUCUCAUGAUUCCUGCUGGGAAUAUUGUGUUCCAUUUCUCCAUUUUAGGGGAGAUUAAACCCAUUUCCACUAUUUCUUAUUUUUAAUGAAGACACAGUUUUUUUAAUUGGAACUUUCAUUCCUGAGGACCCAUCAUGGAAGACUAAGCUGCCUGUGCUUUUCUUCAUGGGGAGCAGGCUCGUUUUCCAUGCCAGAGCCAGUAUUUUCACAGCUGGAUAGCAAGCUCUUUCAGAGGACAGAUGUGUUAUCAUCUCUGCCAGCUGCCAGGUGUCUACAGCUCGAUGGUUUCCACCAUUGGACUUGAUUCUUCUGGAGCAUUUGUGAAAUCCAGACUUGUAUCAAAGGUUGGGACGUGGCCUGGGAGCCUGCAUUUUCAGCAGACAUUGUGUUUCUCGGGCAGUGGAGACCACUGUUUCCAGACACAUAGUUAUGUGGUUUGGGGUACCACCCCUGCUGCAGUUCUCAACCACAUUCAAAUCAAAGGCUAACUUUAUGAUGGCUUGGACUUCUCUGUCAAAGAGAGCAAAACCAUAGAGAAGCCCGAGGUUCUGCACAGUAUAACAGGUAUCUAAGGCCAGUACCCAGGCCCCUCCCCAGGCCUGCCUACUCCUACCCCAUCUUUUCCUAGAGAGUGGUUCCGUGCUCACCCUGCUGUUUCCUGAACAGACACACUCCACACACAGUUGUAAGCUAUAAAGUGUAGCACGCACUACCCAGCAGUGUUUGCAUUUGCCUCAGUGAGCCCUGCGUGCUGAUCCCAGGCACCUGGACCAGGCACAGCAGACUCAGUUCCCCGCUCCUGGGACUGAACACAAAGCCAAUAGGACUGAAGGAAAGACAUAUCUUAGAAUCCUUGUAGGUGACAGCUAGUUUCCAUAGCUACAAGAAAGCACUGAGAGCAGCUUCUUGUCUCUCAUCUGUCCCCUCCCUGAGACCCUCCACUGUGAGCAGAGAACAAAUAGACCAAGGACUCCAGCACAGUGUAUGGUCUUUAUUUAAGCACAAAGGCUUCUCUCCCCUGAGAUUUUGGACUCCUUAAUUGUUAGUUGUGUCUUUGGUGUUUGCUGCAGUUAGAACCCAAAUACAGUAAUUACAUAAAGCUUUUUAUUUUAUGGGUUUUUUUUCCUAUAGAUGUUAACUUUUGUGGGUUUUCUUCCCAAGGCUUGCAUUUCAGAACAGUAUUACCCUGUGCAGCAUCUGAAACCUUUGAUACUGGACCAGGCUCCAUCCCAUCCCCAGCAUCACCUGAAAAAGGUUCAGAGAGGCACAUGGCCUGUGACUCCAGACAUCCCAGAAGUGGGCGCUGGAGGAUCAGGAUUGGGAGCCCAGUGGGCUGUACAGACUGUGGCUGGAGACUUGCUGCUCCAGCAGAUCAGGGUUCAGAUUCCAACACCCACAGGUCAGUUCACAACUGCGUGUAACUCCAAGGGUCUGCAAGUACCAGACACACACAUGGUGUACAGACAUGCAUGAAGGUAAAACGCUCAUGUACAUAAGAUGAAUAUCUAGUCAAAAUAAUGUUUCUCCUUGUUUGUGCAGAGAAGUGUUGAUUAGAAUGCUGCCACUUUUAUUCAAGUUUAAAAGUCUGUAACAGCAGCCAGGCAUGAUGGCUCAUGCCUGUAACUCCAGCAACUAGGGCAGGAGAAUCAUGAAUUUCAGGCCAGCCUUGGCUACAUAGCAAGACCUUAUCUUGAGAAAAAGUAAGUGUAGCAUAGAGCGUCUGCGCUCCUGCCCAGUCCUUGGUGGUCCUCACAGAACAGUAGGAGCAGAGCCCGGAGCCCAGCCCUCGUCAGCAGUCCCCAGAGCCAGCAGCCAGAGCUUGCUUAUGACCAGCUGUGCUCUGCAGUGCACAGUUGCUUCCGUCUAGGCAGCAUAGACCUCCGCAUAAUUUCUAAAUUCCAGACUUUAACUGUAUAGAAAAUGGCUCCAGAAGACAUUGCAUAAUACAACACUUGGAAUAGCCGCAAGAGUUCCGAAGAGAAAGUUGACGUUGCCGAGCAUGGUGGCACAUGCCUUUAAUCCCAGCUUUUGAGGGACAGAGGAGGCAGAUCUGGUCCACAUACUGAAUUCCAGGCCAGUCAGGGCUCCAUAGUGAGACCCUACCUCAGAGAGAAGAGGAGGACAUUUUAACACUGUCGCUCUCCUAUGACACCUUUGAAUGGUCAGGGCAGGAACUGUGGUACAGCUCCUGUGAGUCAGCACACAACAAGUCCGGGCUUCUGUUGGGCCUUGGUGACUUCUUACAAGUUUCCAAAUUGGAAAGGACAAUUCAUUUGGGUAUUCAACCUUGCUAGGCCCCAGCAGGAGAUAGGCUAAUAUCUAAUUAGCUUAUUAGCCAUGGCAUAGUCCCCUGACUGGAAAUGGCUACCUUGCCCAUGCUAAGGUAGAUACGCCAAGAGCCUGCCCGGCUCUGCCCUGCCACCACAGAGACGCUAUGGCAGCAGUCUCCAGGCUGCCUGGCACUCCGACCAGGAUUUCCCUGUAAUGAACAAGUCUGAUAAACUCUCUGGAGGAGGAACCUUGGUAUCUGUCUAGAACAGAUGAGAAAAGGCAGAGCAGUGCACGGCUUCAACCCAGCAGCUCUGUAGAUCCACCCUUGCAGCUAAUGAGGGAGCCCUCCACUUCUUUGCCUCCUCUAGUCAGCAGUGACUAACGACGUGACAGGCGGAGGAGUCUGAUGGACUUUUAAGAACUAAGUACCUAGAUGGUUGUAGAAAUGAAGGAAAACUUGGUUAUAGAAGCCUUUUGUAUACACAUUGCAGUGAGGUGGUUUACAGCAGAUUUUAUUUCUGAAAUGUUAUAAACUUGUAAUUAAUGAAAGGUUUUAUAAACAUUGUCCUAUAUUUGUAUGUUUGUAAAUAUAUUGUGUAAGUUCUAAGUAUAAAUAUGUCAAUACUGUGUGUUAUUUUAAAUUGCUUGUAUGUCAUCUUAUAUAUGGACAUUAAAAUAAAAGCCAAUCCUCCAGUAGCAUGUAAUAAACACUUUAAAAUAUUCCA